AUGCUGGGAAGAAUGGGUCCUUCUGUUUUAUUUGUUCUUUUUAAUAUUACAUUUGUCCUCUGUAAUCAUUUCAAACCGUUUAUCGAUUCCGGUACUCAACAGUUUGGCCUGAUUAACCACGAGGAAAAGGCUUGUUUGGUACUAAAGUUUGAUCUAAAGUUGUACAACUUCAAUCUAAACGGAUCCGAUAUUGCCACAGAAACGUUGAACCUUCUCUCAUCCAAGGUCCGAUUAUCUGGUUACUGUGCUUUGCACAACGAAGUGACAAAGUCUUCUGAAUUGGUAGCAAAAUGGGAUUCUGGAGAACGAAAAAAACAGAUCAGGUUUUUGUUCAGAGAAGCUUUUGUCAGAGUGUUGGGUCAGCCGGUAGAUCAACUUCGGUGGCAACUGCAAGAUGUUACCUACACAGAAAAGUUCAAAAGUAAUUAGGAGUUUAGCAUAUUAUUAUUCUAUUUAAAGGUCGCUCAAUUGAAUUCGCUUCUUCUAAUGAUACCAUUGUGGUCAGUGCUCCAGUCCGACAAAAGUUCGUUUGUAAAGACAAACUGAAUGUGACAUUGUAUCACGAAAAGUACAGAAAUUUUAUUGUCGAGUUUCUACCGGAGAUCGACAUGCAACCAGUCAACACCGCAUCUUCUUUUGGCAGCAACAGUAAGAUGACUUUUUUUUAUAAUAUGCUAAUAGAAAGACAUUAAAUGUUUAAAAAUAAUAUUUAAAACAAGGUCGGUGUUAACACGGUUUCUUUUUCAGUCUACUUAUGUGAACGAACACGAAAGCGAACUCUAAGUGAAUCCUUCCAAAACUCGAUGACCGUCUUUUCUGGCGUCGUACUAGGCUUAUCGUCAGUUGGCACUUUGUCCGGCUACAGUGUGUGGCGACAACUUUUACCAUCCCGUCGUACUUUAUAUAACGAUAUAUAA